GUUCACGAGAGUUUAUCAGCAGCCAUUACAAAGCUUUUCUUUGGCACAACGACCGAAAGACAGUAAACACAACGGAAAUAUCAGUUUGAAACUAAUGAUCGAAUCGAGAUCCAGCGUGGUUGCUGCAUCUCCUGUAGAUGAUGACAAAGUGCUUUGUAUCAUACGAGACUUUGUGGACAGCCAUGGCGGGCAGACGGGCAAACAGAGCCUCAACCUCCAGGCAUCCCUGUCGGCCCAGCAGGCGGCUCAAGACAUAGCCCGCUCCUGCGGCUACAAGGAGAACACCGUCUCUGUGCAUUACGAGCAGCAGCAAGGAGGCAGUGACGAUAUCCUAUUGGAAGAACAAGAUGCUGAUGUCUCCCUGAGAAAUGUUUGCUGCAGUGGAGCCAAGAGACAUAACUUUACGAUUCACGAACUGGAAGGUGUUUCCCCCGAAAAACUGGGAGAUGCAGCAGACCGCAGUGGAAAUGUCUUCUCCGGGAAAUUGUCAUUUCCUGGCAACUUCUCCGUUGACCUGCCACAUUCCUCCUCCAGCUCUGCCCUCAUUAAGUCAGAGACGGGGUAUCUGGGCCUGGUCAAUCAAGCCAUGACGUGCUACUUAAACAGCCUUCUGCAGACCCUGUAUAUGACUCCAGAGUUCCGCAAUGCAUUGUACAGGUGGUCUUUCAAGGGCACCAGCGAUGAGGCUGUGAAGAGUAUACCCUAUCAACUGCAGCGACUGUUUUUGCAAUUACAGACAAGUAAGAAGAGAGCAGUUGAAACCACAGACCUGACUCGCAGUUUUGGCUGGGACAGUAGCGAAGUAUGGCAGCAACAUGACGUGCAGGAGCUGUGCCGGGUGAUGUUUGACGCCCUGGAGCAGAACUGGAAGAACACGGUGCAGGCCAACCUGAUCAACCAGCUGUACCAGGGCAAGAUGAAGGACUACGUCAAGUGUCUAGAGUGUGGCUACGAAAGUGCUCGUGUGGACGCCUAUCUCGACAUCCCUCUGGUCAUCCGACCUUUUGGCUCCACUGAGACCCAUGAUACAGUGGAGAAGGCUAUGAACGCGUUUGUGCAGCCCGAGACUCUGGACGGCUCCAACCAGUACUUCUGUGAAAAAUGCAACAAAAAAUGCGAUGCACACAAGGGUCUCAAGUUUGUCUCAUUUCCAUAUCUGCUCACCCUUCAACUUAAACGUUUUGACUUUGACUACGCAACGAUGCACAGAAUCAAACUCAAUGACAGAAUGACGUUCCCUGAGAGGCUAGACCUCAAUCCCUUUGUGACGGCAGAUGAAGACGGGUUAUCUCCCCUCACCAGCGGGCAGGUGGACAGCAGCGACGAAGGCAUUGACGAGGGUAUCGAGGUGGAGACAGGAUGCUCGGCAGCCUCCUCAAGCAGCGACUCGUCCAGCGUGAGUAGCGAGGCCGCCGCCAACAACGCCAGGAACUCUUUCUGCUCAGACUAUAAGGGUCCAUACGAGUACGAGCUGUUCUCCAUCAUGAUUCACUCAGGCAGUGCUGCGGGCGGCCACUACUACGCCUACGUAAAGGCUUUCAAAGAUGGCCAGUGGUUUAGUUUCAACGAUCAGCAGGUAUCAGAGAUCACCCUUGAUGACAUAAGGAAAACUUAUGGCGGUUCUUCAGGGAGAGGUUUCUAUUCAUCAGCAUACACAAGCUCCACGAGUGCGUACAUGUUAAUGUACAGGAGAAUCGACAGGACCCAGAAUGCAGAAUUUAUUGAGCCUGAAGACUUUCCCGAGUCUCUGAAAGCCGAGCUCCGCCAGCAGAAGGAGAAAGAAGAGGCAGAAAGACGACAGAGGGAAAUUGACAAAUCUACAUGCAAGAUCAAGCUGUACUGCUUCCAUCCGGUGGAUCAGCGCAAGAUGGACGUCCGGCUGGAGAUCCACAAGGAUAAGACCCUGCUGGAGGCCACAGAGAUUGCCAGAGAACUGCUGGGCCUGCAGACGUCGGUCCCCCUGGACUGUUGCCGUCUGGUGAAGUACGACGAGUACCAGGACUCGCUGGAGAAGUCGUUUGAGGGGGAGGAGGAGACGGCCGUGUGGGAGCUGCUGGGAGGGGUCAAGGCCAACUACACCUUUGACCUCCUGCUGGAGACGAAGAAGCCCGAACAAGUCUUUUUGGAGUACAAGCCAGGAGGUGUGACGGUGAAGGUUCACGUGGUGGACAUCCACCGGGGCGUGAUCCAGCCACCCAUCAGCGUGAGGGCAUACCAUGUGCAGACAGUGCAGGAGUUCAAGCUUAUCCUACAGCAGAUCUUGGGCUACCCAGCUGCCAACAUGCGCUGUGUGUUGGAGAGAUUUCACAAUGAACUCCGACCCCUAUCCGAGCUACAGAAGACACUGAAGGCUGAGGGUUUCUACAAGUCGCACAAGUUGUUUGUGGAAUGUUCGGGCGAUGUGAAGGACAGCUCCGUGCCAUACGUCCAGUCUCAGCUGUGCCACCUGCUGGACCAGUACCAGCACACGAUACGCAUCACGUGUACCUUACCCAGCCGCAAAUCUCUGGAAGAGUACAUUUCAUCACUGAAGGAGAGCCCAUCAAAGGCUGGCCACAGUCGACUGGACGUGUCCUCGAUCCUGCCGCUGUACAGGCACGCCGACUCAUCACAGGUGGACGAAGGGAUCAGCGAGAACGACUCGGCUUUCUACAGCGGAGGCACGAACUCGAAACACUCGCUGUCGGGGGUAGACCCGGGCUCCAACUUCUCCAUCAGUAGCUCGACUACCACGGAGACGCGCUACGGGGUCGGUGCCUCGGUCAGCGCGUCCGAGGGGGUGCAGGCCGCGUUUGACACAGACCAGGAGUCGGGCUACUUCAAGAGCACCACGCCUCGCUUCACCAGUGACUGCGAGGAGUCUCAGUCGAGCAGCGGUAUCGGCGAGGAGGCUGGAGGAAGUGGCGGGGGCGGGCGACAACACUCGGUGGUGUCCCUCCCGCACUCGUCGUCGCACGAGCACCUGACAGUGGACAUGGUGAACCUGUACUCCAAGUUCUCCUCGGUGGGCCUGCACAGCUCCCACAGUGACCCCUCCAUCUACCACAGCUGCGCCGACAACAGCGACUCCUCCCUGCAGUGUUUGGGCUCGGGCCCCAGCUCCGGCAGCCAGGAGGACACCAGCACCAGCGCCGAGUUCAACUUCAGCUGCUCGGGACCCGACCCGGAGCCCGUCCUCUCCUCCCCAGAGGACGGCUACGGCUUUGAGGAGGACAACGAUGAGGACGAGGGCGUGAGCAUCGAGACGGCCUUGUCCUCCUCCACGCCGCUGCCCCCUGGAGGAGCCAGGAGACCCGACGCGGUCACUCGCGGGCUCGACCUCCCGCCUUCUGGCUUCUCAGACAAUUACAACCAGUUCCAGUUUCCCGCUCCGAGCUACGACGACUCCGACGACUGGGAUCGGGAACUGGCCAAAGAGCGCACAGCGUGCGGAGGCACCCUCCACUCUUUCCCCUCCUCCUCCUCAUUACCUCAGACGACUGGUGCCGCUGAGGCCUGCGACCCGGGCUCUGAACCUCAGGCGGGUACUGAAGCCGCCGCCGCCCGGUCGGAAACUUGUGUGUCCAACGCCAGUGCACAAGCCGCUCCCUCCACACUGACUCAGUCCAACACUUCUGACGCUGCUCAUCCUCCCCCUCUUCCACCACCUCCUCCUCCUCCUCCUCCCAUUCCACCUCAGUUCCUGGCUGGGUCUUCUUCGCUCACUCCCCGUGCUAAGUCCUCCGCUCAACAAGCCUCUGUCAAACAUUGUGAAGAGGAAGAGGAAGUUUUGGAAGUGAAGAGAUAUUUUCAUGCUGUGAUUUCUGACUCUUGUGAAACGGAAGAUCGCAUUUUAGAUGUUUCUGUUGAUAAGAGAAUUACCCUUGGGGCUUUCAAACGAGAACUUGAACCAUAUGUUGGCGUGAUGUCCAAUUUUUUUAAGGUGUAUCGAGUGUACUCUAACAAUCAGGAAUUUGAGAGUGUGCGCUUGUCUGAUACUUUGUCUUUCUUCGAAGAUGGAAAAUUCAACAUCAAACUUGGCCGAGCCUUGCAGCCAGGAGAACACAGGGUCAAGGUCUACCGGCUCUGCGUGAACGAGGCGGAGCCGUGCAAGUACCUGAUUGAGACAAUCUUUGCAAAGGGCAUGACGGUCUUACAGUCUAAGAAGAUCAUCCUCGAGGAAGUGAAGGAGCAAUGUGGACUAGACAUUCCAUUAGACAGAUGUCGACUAAGAAAGAAGUCUUGGACAAAUCCUGGCACUGUCUAUCUCGACAGCCACAUGUACGAAAAUGAAAUCCCGAUCUACCCAAACUGGGAGAUUUUCCUGGAGGUACUGGAAGGCCCCGAAGAACUGACGGACUCGUCCCAGCUGGCCGUGUAUGUCCGCCACUGGAGGCCGUCGACUCACCAGAUUGACCCGUUCCAGGAGGUGGUGCUCACGCACAAGUCGGUGGAGGAGCUCAAGAAUAAGAUUUCUGCCAUCAGCAACAUCCCAGCUGAAAAUGUUGAGUUUUCAAAGGGCAAAGGGACGUUCCCGUGUGAGGUUUCCGUGCUGGAGAUCAACAACCUGGAGUGGAACCCUCAUGUGACUUCCCUCAACAUGUGGCCUCUCUACAUCUGUGACGACGGGCACGUCAUCUAUUUCAGAGACAACAGCGAAGAGCUGGUGGAGCUGUCCGAGGAGAAGAAGAAAGAGAUCCAACAGAAAGAGAACAAGGUAUCUCGGCAGACCCACAGGAUCUCCUGCUCCCCUCGCAAAGAAAGAGCGCUGAAGAUCUACACCGACGAGGACGACCAGCCGUCCAAGACGUCGCUGGAGGUGGACUAGCCUCUGGAGGUGGAUUAGCCUCUGGAGGUGGACUAGCCUCUGGAGGUGGACUAGCCUCUGGAGGUGGACUAGCCUCUGGAGGUGAACUAGCCUCUGGGGGCGCAGGAGAAUGGCGGCAGUUGGAGCAGUCAGGCGUUUUUGGGGGGGUCGAUGGAUCAGUUUGCAGUUUGUGGGUGUCCAUGAAGCAGUCUACGAAUGUGGAUAUAUCAGCCGACUGUCGGGGGAUGUGAGUGUAUCCUGUGGAUGUGAAUGUAACAGUCUGCGGUCUGUGGAUUCCGACGGAGCAGUCUACGGAUGUCUAUCAAUCCGUCUUCAGUCUACGGAUGUGGAUGUGUGAGUCUACAGUCUGUGGAUGACCAUGGAGCAGUCAACAGUCUGUGGGUCUUGUAUGAUGUUCUCUCUGCUCCCUGCGAUUUCUUUCUGUGUGUAGACUGUUGGAUCAUCCACUAUGUAGUCCUGUCACACUGUAGGGGGAGUGGGUUUGGCUGGGCUUGGUUGGGAAUGGCUGGACGUGGCUUGGCUUGGCUGGGCUGGGCCGAGGAAGGAAGUGAAGACCAAGACCAUGGGAAAGGACGUCGAAGACCAUGGGAAAGGGUUGGAAAUUUUCCCCUGUUGUGGUCGUGUUAAAGCGCUCAAAGUUUUUGUGGCCCGAUAGAAUUCCAUUAUGCAACGUAAGGUUUGAAAAGUGUGGACUAUUUACAGGGGUUCAGAGAAGGAUAAGAUUUUGAAUGGGUGGCGCUUAAGAAUCAGCUGCGCUGACAGAUUUUGCUGCUGGUCUCAUUAUGGUUAGGUUGUUUUGUGUUGUUGUUUUUUUUCUUCAGGCAUUGCAUUCCCUCCUUUUUUAUUCUUUUGUCUAUAUUUCUUUAACUUUUUCUUUUAAAAAAAAUUAAAUUUCUCUUUUUAUUCUUUCUUUCAUUUUCUUUCAUUCUUUCUUUCUCCCCCCUUUUUAUAUAUUAAAAAAAAUUGAUGAACAAAUUUGAACAAUCAGUAUUCAUUAUGAGGGUAAUCUUUUGAGUAAUCGUUUCUGUUGUGGCAGGUUGAGUUGUUUUGAGUAGAUUUGAACUUUGUGUGAGUACAGUUGAAAGUAGCAGGAGCAAUGAGAGUGUGACACGCAAAAACUUCGAGUCGGAGGGUAACCCAGGGUUCCUGCGGCCUCCUUGAAUUUGAGGAGUCCUUGAAAACUCUUUGAAUUUGCAUUCAAGGAAAAAUAUUCUUGAAAACUCCUUGAAUUUGAGGAACCACCUUGAAAACUCCUUGAAUUUCGCCGGAUGGGACAUGAACAACAUUUUUGUCAGAUUGCUCUUGGCGCGCCGUUGAAAACGGCAUGAAUUUCUGGACCAAAUCUCCUUGAAUUUUUAAAAUUUCUCCUUUAAUGCCUCCUUGAAAUCUCCUUGAAUUUGGAGGGGAGUUCAAGGCAGGAACCCUGGUAACCUCACCUAUGGUCUGAGCACAGGGAAGGGGCUGGAUGGAGAGUGUAGAAAAGGAAAACUACGUUAAAACGUCCUUGUUUGUUUUUUUGUGGGUUUUUUUUACAAAUAAAUUUUUGUUAUGUUUU